GGGAAGAAGAAGCGGAUUUUAUGAAAACAGAUUGACGAAACAAUUCAGGAAUGAGGCUCUCUGAACAAGUUGAAGAUUAACAGGCUGUUGUGAGGCCCCUGCCGUCACAUGUCUGAGGCUUGGAAAUCUCCCUGUGGUGGGGAUCAAGCAGACCUGUCAAGGAGCUGGCUCAAGUCUACAGUCAGAACAUGCUGUCAUUAAUAUAUAUGUGCUCUCAGGUAAGACGGUGUGGACAGUCAGAAUACCUGUACUGAUGAUGUGGAAACUACAGACGCUACAACAUCAACAUCAUCAGUAGCAGAGAUACAUACAUCGUUCUUUUGAAUGAGACAAAUGGAUAAGUUGUCAAACAGCUUACGGAGCAUUUGGAGACACACCAAGAUUGAUGAGAUUGACGAACUUCAUUAAUUGUACAAAUUAACCACUUGGUUUGGGAUGUGAUCAUUUCUGUGCAUUGUGCAUAUCGCUUGUACAUUGUCUUAUUUUCCAAGUUUUACAUAUCAGACACAGACAGAUGACAACCGGUUAAGGAGGUGAAUGCAAAACUGUGUUUUCUUUGGUCUGUGGUACAUAGGAUGCGAAUAUUCCAGAGAUGUGACUUUAAAUAUCAAAAUUUCACAUUCGGUUGUUAGUGAUGACAAAACUUAAUUUUCAGGCUGCUUGCAUACUGGCAUUUAAGCUGUACAGCAUUCAAGUCUAAACUGAGUUUUCCUGUGGAUGAGAGCGAAGUUUUAUACAUAGACUACCAGUAGAUGCAUUUGUUUGACAGACAGGUUCCAAGUGAAAUGGUAAAACUUUAACACACAAGUGAUUUAACAGUGUGGCUUGUAAGAAGUUGAAUUUCAGCAUUACAUGGAGCUAAGCUAAGCUGGAGCUAUACUUUAUGGUAUACUAUGCUUUUCCCUGUGAAAAGCAGUUUUUAAAUUUACAGUUGAUACUUCCUCCUUGACAGUUAAUUCAGUUUUACAUGUGUCUCUGUUGGCCAAUUACUGAUUGAAUUCUGGGGUGAGUGAUUAAUGGAAAUACCCAAACCACAGAUUGAUGGAGCGACAUAGGUAAUCUGUCUCCCUUACUGUGUUGAUCUGCGUAGAGGUGCUAAGUGUUCAGGCCUUGGAUUUACCCUGCUGAUUUCAGCUGAUAUAUUAAGACCAGUGUAAAAGGAUCGAGAACGGGUGUGAUCAUGGCAUCACCAACCCCGUCCGACUGCCUCAUGGUGGAGGAUCCAGAAGAUACCGUGCCUCUGUCAGAGAUCCUCGCUGUACGAGACAAGUGCCUUCAUGAGGAGGAGCUGUGGGCACUAUGCCGUGAGUGCUGUCUCCUCCUGGAAUACGUACAGGACUCGGAGGAAAUGUUCCAGGCUGUGUCCAUCACGCCAGAGACCAUUGGAUUUGAUUCCCAAGGAAAUCUCUGCUUCCUCUACCUGGAUUCCACAGAUCCAGAACCUCUAUUCUUACCUCCAGAGACAGAAGAUGGAUCUGAUAAGGAUAUGGCUUCUCACCUCUACUCCCUGGGGAUGACCAUGCUGUACGCGGCCGAGUACAAUGUUCAGCUUGGCUCUGUGCGGGAACGAGAGAGGAUGAGCGCCAACCUCAGCCGAUUGGUGGGUAAGAUGACGUCGGACAACCCGCGGGAUCGACCAUCUGCCAACACAGUGUUGACAGACUGUGACAGAAUGCUGGGCGAGGAGUCAUCCCAGGAAAUCUGUGCUGAUGUCGCUGCCAUUUGCAGGAUGAAGUCCUCCCAGGAAGAAGGAGAAACUUCCCAGAAGAGCACUGGACCAACACUGGCUGAGAUCAACACUCAGCUAGCAGAAGGCCAUGUGAAUGGGGUGCCACUACAUGUUUGGAACAACCGCGAGGGACACAGCCACGACUCAGACAGCGAACUUGCAGACGUCUUUAACAAGGGACAAGAGAAAAACAACAACAACAACAACAAGGAACUGGUUGACCCCAAUCUUACUCAGGAUGGGAUUUUAUACUCGGCUUCAACUGACCCUAGCAAUGUCACACCUGUAACUAACAAUACAGGUGCUCAGGGAGUUGUCUCUGAGACAUUGGACCAGCAAAGGGGAGCUAAUCCGAAGAACAAUACAUGUAUAACAGACCUACUGGAGCAGUAUACUGCGGCUUCCAGUCAGCUGGUCAGGAAAGGUAGCUCAUCAGGAAGUACAUCUGUAAUUAGAAACUGGGUGAAAACACCUGUGGAGAGAAGGGCCAGUAAAACUGAGCAGAGUAAGGAAUCAUCGUACACGUGUUUGGAGUAUGCUGUCAAUGGUUAUCACCCUAAAGGCCUCCUUGUGUUAGAAGACGAUUCUUUGAUGUCUGAUUCUUUUGAUCUGAAUGGAAGUGAUUUUUACCUUGGUGACAACGACAUGGAAAACAACAGAAAAAUGAGCCAAAGUCAGGGAGUGACUCUUGGUGAGGCCUUAGACAAGAGGGACGGAUUCCUACAGGAGGCGGAAUUAUGGGCUGUGUGUAGAGAAAGCAUCAAAGCUCUGCAGAAGCUGAAAAAAAGGCUGCCAGCCUACAUUUCCCCAGACACCCUGAUCCUAAGAGAGGAGGGAUUUGUGUCCUUUAAGGCAAUCCCAGAAGACAAGCCACUGGAAGUCAUGUUUAUGGCCCCAGAGUUACAACAGAAGGGACUACUUUCACAGAAGACGUGUUUGUAUGGACUGGCCAUUACUCUACGCUGUGCCAUAGGGAUGAAAUCCUCUGCAAUAGAACCUUCAUCAGACCUUAGUCACGAGAUGGAGUCAUUGUUGAAAGGCAUGCUGAACAAGGACCUUGACAAACGUCCACCAUUAACUGAAGUUUUAGCGGUUUGUGAUGAUCAUGAGCAGUUGAGUGAGGUGCCCUCCAGUGCUAUCUGUCAGUUCAUGUUCCAGGAUACAGCCACUGCCAUGAUGGAGAGUGAAGCUGAGUUAGAGAUGUCACUGAGUGGUGUCCAGACACGGGCAGCGCAACAACAAGCUGAAUUAAUGGGGCAGAUUAACCUCCAUUUGCAUGGAAAACAGCACAAGAAACCACAUGAUAUAAGUAAAGAUUCAAGUCCUGGUGUCAGAAAUGGGAUGGAGUGCUCACCCGCUGCUGUGGUGAAUAGUCCAAACACAACGUUUGCCAGUCCCAAAAGUAAUGGUUCAGCCUUCAAACCUGUGUUUGGCCCAGGUGGAGAUGCCUCUCAGAAGGGCAUCAAACGUGUACCCAGCAAAUACAGCUCUAGUGCCACACAUUUCACACCGAUUAUCCUUCAUCAGGCCAAUACCCCUGAGCUUGCAGGGAAACCUUCAACUGUGCAAAAGACAGCUGAUGACCGAAAAACAGGUGAAAGUAAUUCGAGUAGCAGAGAGACAGAAGUCAUGAAAAAACUGAAAGAACUGAAGGAAAACUUGAUGAAACCUCGGAAUGGUCAAAACAAAGAAAAUGAAGGAUCUGCGCAGACGGCAAGUCGCACUCCUCCAAAGAAACCACCCAGGCCACAGAAAAAUGAAGAUACACAAGUGAAUGAGGAGAAAACAUCAAGUCAGGUGUCCCUUGAAACCAUAGCACACUUGUUACAGAACCAAGGACAGUUAGCCCAACUAAAUAUGCUGGCGGCUACAAUUGCUCAGUUGUUACAGGCCAGUGGUUAUUCUGCCCAUAACAGUCCCUCUCAGACCCCCUUGAGCUCGCAUAACACCAGCUUCCAGACCUCAGGGCACAUCCCACUGACCCCGAACAUGAGACUGCCAAGCUUAGAUGUACCUCAGCAGUACCAAGACCAGCUUGUUGGACAAACUGUGACAAUGCCUGUACAAACCAGCAGUAGUAUGAUGACAAAUUAUCCAGUUCAACUUCAGCUUCAACAGGAUCCACGUACGGGCUUGCUUCAGCUUGUGCCUAUCGGCAUGAUGCCAUCUCCUGUCCAUUCUAGAGGGAGUGAUGUUGACAGCCCCUCUACCUUGCCGAGACGGGGUGCAAGACAUCAAAGCCUUGGGGGUUACUCCAGUGGUUCGGGAUCUCCUCAUGUAAGGUCGUCAGAUGGGCAGAGCUCUCACACGUUGGGAAGGACAUCACGAGAUAGGAUUCAUAAGUCUCGUGGCAAGGAAAGCACCAGACACGGCCCAUUUAGCACCAGUAGCAGGGAAGGUAGCUUGCGCAAAGCCCAGUCGGAGCAUAACCUUGCCCAGGUUGGCUAUGAAGAGGGCCUUCCCGAGGGCACCCCAGAUUAUCACCCCAAUGGACACAGAAGUGGGAGCAUUCCAAAUCUAACACCUAAUACUGCACCCAGUGGGGGAUCGGUUCCUCCAGGGUGCAUCCUGCCUGUCCACGAGGAUGGUUAUGCAUAUAGCAGUUCCCCUGUAUGGCAGUAUGGAGUAAUGCGACAUCAGGGGAAGGUUAGAAAUGGUGAUAUGAUUUCUCAAACCAGUGUUCUGUCAAAUGGAGGAAGUGGUCAAAGGCUGGGUGGGGCACACCGUGUAUCUCCAACAGACUCCCAGUCUUCCUCGCCCUCCCCCUCCAAGGACAGUGGUGUUAGUGGUGUGAACAGUGGGGGCGUGAGCUCCACCCAGGGUUACAAUGGCUACCCUAAAACAGAUGCAACCUUGAUGGACAGGCUAUUAGGUCAUGAUUCCAUUAAACAGCAGCAGGUUCUACAGAAGGUUGUAGCGCUUCUACGAGAGGCCUUUGCUGAUGAUGGUUGCUUGGAAACCGGAGGUGAAGACUAUGUUAUGGCUGAGUAUAUUACAUCAUUGGCUGGUCUGAAAUGGGAGACAUUCAAGUGUGCAAUAGAAGAGAAGUACCAUGAUUUAAUUUGGAACCCAGAUAACUUAAGACAGCUUCACAAUACAGUCAACAGGAAAUCCUCCGUUUCUAAAGGAUCUGUGGUCCCUGAUGAGAAUGCCUCCAUGACACAGGAACAGUUGGACGUUUCAGGCGGCCAUGUUGCUGCCAGUACUCCACGAGGACAGAAUUCUUCAGGAAUCAUCAAACCUGUGCUAUCACUGAACCAUAGCGAGAGCAAAAUGUCUGAGACAAGCGUGGACACAGGAGAAGUCAAGUCUGAUGUAGCGAGACGGGAGCCAUGUUACCGUUAUUCCCCCACCCCGAGAGGUGGUCUACAUAGAUUUAAUCCUUCUCGUAACCUCUACAACCAGGGCGGGGAUACUUGUACCUCUGACUCUACUGACACCUCAGAAAACCCUGAGCGAAAACGCCGCUACAAGAAACGCCACCAGCAUAACCGAAGUAAAAACUCGUCCCUCCAAUCCUCCCCACUAGACCACAGUAAUUCCACGCAGGGGUCAAACCAUAUGGAGUCUAGUCAUGCAGACUCAAAUCAUCUUGGAGUUGACACAGAAGUUAUUUCUCGUUCCUCGUCCUCAACCAGAUCAAGGGAGGCAACUCCAUCUCGACAAGGCUCUGCCAAUAGCUCUGCAAGAGGACAGAUUUCACCCACGUUACCAAGGCUGAGCGAAAAGUCGAGUAAUGAGGAAUUCACAAGAGGUGGUAACCAGUCCACGAAACAACCUGUCGAAAACGGGACAGAAGAUGAAAACCUCCCAAUUUUAUAUUCCCUUGGUGUUGGUCAUCAGCAGACUGAUGAACUCCCUAUACAGUUUACCUCUACCCCAUACAACAUGGCACAACAAGGAAGAGCAGCCUGUCUGAACAGACAAGAGAGUUUCCAAAACGGGAAUGUUGUGAAACGGUUAAGUUACGAGUGUGACAAUAGCUCGAAUCCAGACAAUAACGAGGUAUUUUUGGAAGGCCAGUCAAAUGGAUUGAGAAAGAGCAGUGUUAGUUCAUCACGUAGUGCUCAUUCUGAUUCAAGGACAGAAAAGUCUGUCACGUUGAAUGGAGACAGCCUGUUGCAAAACAAAAGUACCGGGUCUUCAUCCAGGUCUGAUCGUGUCGGGGAUGCAGUGCGGCGGAAUCGUGGGAACGUGGUGUAUCACGCAGCAGAGUUACAGUACUGUAUGACACCUCAGCUACAACAUGUCAUACAGGAGAUGGACCCCAAGAAUCAGUCAAAUUUGGAGAGCCGUAAGUCUCAGUUAGACCAGCAGGUCAUGAUGGAAAGAAGAACAAAAAAGAAAAUGCAGCAAUUUUACAAGAAACUUGUGGAUGGUGGGAAACCCUCUAAAGGUGAUCACAGGAGCAUGUUAACUCAGGUAUCCAAGGACAUUAAAGACAUGACAGUCAGGCUCAAGUUUAUGGAGCUAGCUUGGGGUCAUGUAGAGAUGUUGCUAACAGAGUUACACGGUAUCAGCCCGUCGUUGUUAUACUCCCUUGUGACCUGCGCACCCAGUGAUGCCCUCACCUUGACUCCACGACCAGAUAACCCUCUGUUACAAUUUCAAAUCCAUCAUGACUCUGCCUCUAAUGUGGACGUGAGGGUGCUACAUGCUGGAACUCCUGAUGGUCUUAUGUCCUACCUCUUCACUAUGUCAGCCUUGGCAGAUGGUUACGUUCACCAGUUUCUUUAUGCUUUCCGUUAUUUCGCCUCUCAACACGAUCUUCUGGAUUUCCUCAUGAACAAAUAUGUCGCAGCCAAGAGGAAUGUGUCUGACCCCAUGACUGGCAAGGUGAUGUUACGCGCCGUGGACCUGCUGUACUUCUGGCUGGAGGGAUAUUACUCUGUGGACUUUGAGAAGGACAACGAGCUCAUGGAUAAGCUGCAGGAAUUCAUUAUCAAUGAGGUGACUUAUCCAGAUGGCUACGGAGCCAUGUUACUGGGGCUGUUACAGGACUGUAACCAUGGUAACAACAUGGAGCUCUCCUUCACAGGGGCAAUUGUAACAGAUGAAAUAGACCUGCAGAUGAGACAAGAUUGCAGCUUCUCUCCAAAAAAGCACCAAUCAUCUAGAAACAAUAAGCUGCCUGGGUUCAAGGCCAUCAUGAAGUCGUCGCCUAUGAAGACGAGUCCCGCAGUGAUCUCUUCAGCAAUGCUGGAGAACAGUCCAUCUAACCUGACCCAGGAGGAGAUGUUCUACCCCCAUGUGGCACGCCGCUCUGAUGCCUUCACCAUCACGGAUCACUCGGCACAAAGCCUUGCAGAACAGCUGUGUCUGAUGCAACAGGCACUGUUCCAGAAAUGUCAUCCAGUUCAGUAUCUCAAUUCUAAAGCUCAGGGUAUAGGUGUUGCCAUGGCAGCAGGAGGAGGGGCUAAACCUUCGGCCAGCAGGAGUCGAGCUUGGUCAGAGGAGAUUGACCCCAACGAUACAGGACUAUUUGAGGGACCAUUCAAAGCAUCCCCUGUCCUUCAGCGCCUCAUCAAGACUGGACAGGAGAUCUCCCAUUGGGUGGCUGCUGAGAUUGUCAGCUGUAGUUCCAUCAAGAGUCAGCUUUCGGUGCUCACCAAAUUUAUCUACACAGCUCAGAUGUGUAUGCAGAUGAGGAACUUUGCUACAUGUGUGGCAAUCUCUGAUGGCCUGGAGAACCUGAUUGUCCGUCAGCUGCCAGUUUGGAAAAGUCUGCCCUCAAAAUGCAUCAGUAUUAAGGAAGAGCUUGCAUCUAUGAAGAUGUUGCUGAAGAAUGAGCCAAUGUGUUUGGUGGAGGACAAGGAGUUCCGUGAUCACCCAACAAUUCCCAGCAUCCUCCUCUUCCUCAUGCAUGUCCAGCAGCUGGAAAUUGGUGGCUUCCGAUUGGCUAAUGGAAUGUUCAAGUGGCCCAAGCUGAGGUCUCUGGCUCAAAUGAUUGAUCAGAUCCGAAUGUUCAAGGACCAGACCUACCAGUGUGACCUUGACAGCGACCUUUAUGACAUUCUCCGUCACAGAAUUCGGGAGUUGAGUUGUCAGGACCUGCAGGAACUUGCUUAUCAACAUGACACAAACUACCACAAAGUCUCAGUAGAGGCAUCUUCAGCAGGAUGAAGGGAAAGCUACAGAUCAAGGGAGACAAAUCUUGAUACACUAAGAAAGUGUAGUAUUAAAGGGUUUGUUAAGGAUGAUACAUUUCUAUGUGUAUGGAAUAUCAACAGUGAAAAUGCUUAUAACGGAUGCAUAUUUUUAUUACAGAAGUAUUUUUUUAUAUGAUUUUAGAGAAAAGCUCUUAGUACUAGUAAUAGCUAAAAGAAAAAAUCUGUUGUUUUACAGUGUAAUAUUUCCAACCUGCAAGUGUUAGUU